AGCGUCAGAGUGUGACAUAAUGACUCAGCUAGUGGGCGGCCUCUCCACCACGUCAAAAAGACCCCACCAGUUUGUCUGAAGUCAAAGCAGACCGCUGGGCCGUCCUCAAGUUCCUCUGCACAUUUGGAUGUUAGGACGCAGAUAAACAAAGAUGAGUUCUUCCUCUGAGCUGGAGAUGCUGAGUUUUAUGCACCGGAUUUGAGAAUCUUUGGACUCUUGCUCCAUAUGAGGAAGGAAAUCUUCAACACAACUUGUUUCCUCCUGAGUCUGUUUUCAACUUUAAACCUCUCUUCUGGGAAAUUUGGAACCCCAAUAACUGAUGAUGUGAGCAAGCUGUCGAUACUGAAGCAGAACAUCCCCUCUGAUUAUGAGAUUCCUGUCACUUUCAUUCCCAAAGAAGUGGCUGGCACCUGCUGGGUGGUUUUAAAUAUCUAUCCUCUGGAGCAAAGUCUUCGAAAACUGUCCAACAUGUUUGGUGCCGUCUCCUCCAACAAAGAUAACCUAAUUGUCUUUGUCGCCAUGUUGAAAAGCCUACGUUUCACAUUUGACCACGAAGAACUGGAAACAGCUAUGCAGGUCUUCCAGUGUCACUAUCAGGAGGAGAACUUGCUGUCUGGUCUUUACUUCGACUACAUCCAAGACCUCUUACAUGCAGCCUCUCAAGGAACCUCAGGCUUCUCCUGCAAGCCACCACCAUGCAUCAACCGUCGGCUAACUCCAGAUGGUCAUGAGGAGAGUCGGAGCUCCAGCUGGUCCAAAAGAACUCCCUUACUUUUGGUGCUAAUUCCAUUUGCUGCAUGCGUUGUUCUGAUAGUGUGGCAGGUCAGAUCUGGAGGCCAUUUACCAGUGUGCAACCCUUUAAAUGGCCAAAGAGAAGCUCCUGACAGGAUCCCAACUGUGUCUGUCUCCAUCCCACUUCAAACGCUCACCCACGCCUCUGAAAUACAGCCAGCGAGGGAGGCAAUCUCUGAACAUGAAAGUGGAUGAAGCACGAUGGAGCACAGAUAAAUGAGUGUGGCCUGUCACUUUUUGUGAUUUUGCUCAUCUGAGUGCACGCACCAGAGCUGCUGUAUAAGAGGAAGCUGAGCUGCUGCAAAAGCAGGUGUGAUGCAAAAACUCCCUGAAGCUCUUCAGUCGAGGCAGGAGAUCUCCUCAGCACCUCUGUACUGAGAGGAUUUUUUCCCACCACUGACAGGUGUUGCUGCAAUCAGGACGUCACAUCAAAUUAACACCUAACACUGGAGAACUUUAUUUUGAAAUGGGACUCAAUGAUUGUGUGCAAUCACAUCUGCUCCAAUGCUGACUCUUUCUGAAACGUGUUAGUUCAUUCCUUCUGCAGAAAAACAACUGGAAGGGUGAAUACAGCGUCUAUUGUACUUGUUGACAUUGUUGUGAUCUGUGAUCUGUCACAAAUUAUGGACCUACUAGUCACAAACAACACUCUGAGAAGUUCAACAAGUGUCCUACUUUAUGAAUCAAAGAUCUAACCAGAUGGCAGCCUGCCAUCGCCAGAGGCAUGUUGAAUCCACUCAUUGUUUUGGAAGCUGUUGCCCAGUGAUCUAUAGCUGCUCCUCAUUCACUGUGAGUGUGUUAGAGUUUUUAAUGCCUCAUUCAGAGUCAAUCACGUUCAGUCAUGAGAACAUGACUCCCCGGGUCUGAGCGCUCUUGUGCUGUAUGUGUCAGAGUCCAGCAGCAAGAGCAAGGACAGACAAGAUGAGGUGAAGUGAGGGAGAUGCAGACAGAUAGAUAGAUGGACGGAUGAGCUCAGCUACAAACAUAAGGAGGGCUUGUUCUUGUCACAAAAGAGUAGGCCGUAGGCUGGAGGAAAUGCCAGUUGCAAACAUGACCAAUGCCGGAGAUCCCUAUGAAUCAGUAGGCUAAGAAUCUCCUCAGACCGCAGGCUAUAUCGUAUCUGCAGAGGCCAGUUAGCAUUUCAAUAACAGUCUGUGAUUUAUGUCCAAAACGUACUACUCAAAAAUAUGAAUGAAACUAUAUUAAAAGUGUUUUAUGGGGUUACAUUUUCUGAAUAGUUGAUAGUCCUCUUGGUGAACAAUAUGUAUGACUUUAAUUUUUGUAAAUUACAAAAAUGUACAUUUGUAUGUAAAAUUAUAUUACAUUUUGAGCCUCUUGAUAAACCUUUUUUUCCUGCAGUUGCAAAUAACAGAACCAUUCAUGUCAUAACUGCACUGGGUGUAAAAAUGACCUCUGUUCUUGUUCUGGGGGAAAGUAUCUGAAUGAUGCCUCUUUGACACAAUUAGAAAGAAUAAUCCAGUUGUGCUGAUGUUCUAAUAACUGUGGAUUUAAAUGAAUGUGGCUUAGGGUGUAACUGAAAGGCUGCUUGGUUGAACUUUUGAUGAUGACGUUAAGAACAUAGUAUUUUUUUUGCCAACAAUGCUUUCUUUAUAUAUUUUAUUUGUAUAAUA